AUGACUAGUAAUGCAUGCGAGAAAGAAGAGGCUGGCUCGAGAGAUUUAAUCAGCUGGCUUCCUGAAGAGGUUCUAGGCAGCAUCUUGUCCUUACUACCGACAAAACAAGCCGCAACAACAUCUGUACUUGCUAAAAAGUGGAGGCAUGUGUUUAGAUUAGUUCACAAUCUUGAUUUCAAUGAUUAUGAUCAUGUGCUGCCACCGGAAGAGGAAGAGGGUGGAAGAAAGUGGGAUCUGAUCCGGGAGAGCUUCAGGAAAUUUGUAGAUGCUUUGCAAUGCGCUUCUCGUAUCAAGAUAUUCUCUCUAAAAUGUCAUUUUCGCGAGGAAAGCGAGAUGGCUCACGUGAAUAGCUGGAUAUGUAAUGCCGUAGAGCGUGGUGUUUUGGAGAUGAGCCUAGAUUUAUGGACUGUUUGUGUAGUCGUUCUGCCUUGUGAGCUCGUCACAAGCAAGACGCUGGUUAAGCUGACACUGGGAUCACAUAUCGAUCUUGGGAACAUUCCUCCAGGUGUGUCUCUUCCAGCGCUCAAGAGUCUCUUCAUCGACACCAUCCUUUUCAGUUUUGGAGAUCUGUGUAAUGUGCUUCUUCCUGGUUGCCCAGUACUCGAGGAGCUGUCUGUACGUCACGUGAAUUAUGAAGGAAUCUCAUACUGCAUAUCCAGUAGGAGCAUCAAGAAACUAACAGUUUACUACAACUUUGAGACUUGGAUUACAGAGAUGCCCGGCAUGUCGUUUGACGCACCGAAUCUUGUCUCCCUCGACUACUCAGAUUAUGCAUUGGAAGAGUACCCACAAGUGAACUUGGAGUCCCUAGUCGAAGCUAGGCUGAAUAUUAAAUAUUCUAAAUUAAUCAAGUGGCCUGAUAUGUCUGGUCUCAUUAAUGGGAUAAGCAACGUCCGCGCCCUACAUCUCACUCCUGCUUCUACUAAUGUCAUUUCUCGAUGUGUUAAACACGGACUAUCUCUACCGGUGUUCAAGAAUCUGUUUGGCUUAUCUUUUUGGGGUGACAACAAACGGUGCUGGAAACUGCUGCCUUGCAUGUAA